CUCCCGUUAUGGGUAGCGGCAGCAACGUCAUAAAAUACCGGUCUAACCUUGUUUAUGGAGUAAAAACUCCCUGUUCUUUUAUCCUCGUUUCGUAGCCGAUUGAACAUAAACGUAAUAGAGUGUUAGAAAAUUGAUAGCCGGAGUAAAGGUGAAAAGCGAUCCUGAUUCCGUGCUAAACUACCGAACGAGAUUGGUUUCGUGCCCCGGCUGUCGGAUACGCUGUAAAUUCUUCGCUGGUGCGGUGCUGAGGAAAACAGGCGUACCUGGGAGGAGAUGAAGGAUCUGAAUUUGAUGCGAGCUCACCAAUGAGCAUGCUGGGCAACAUAGCUGCUCCAUCAACAAAUGCUACGGUAGCCCCAGAUGAUAACCACAACGAAGUUACUACAGAAAGUUCAAAAGAGGGCGCUGAGAACGUUUCAAUUGGAACUGAGUCGGAAAAUGUCGAAGAAUCUACAGUGGUCAAACAAGAAGAAUCAUCUGAUGAUGGUGCAGGUGAAGAAGAUGAUGCUGGACAGCCGUCUUAUCCAAAAGUUUGAGCAGAUAACAUCCUACCAUUUAUGUUGGGUAAGGUUCGUGUAGAGGAUGAUUCAGAAAAACGUGGGAAUAUUUCUAAAGUUGAAAGUGGUGUCCGACCGAAACUAGUAUUUCAACUGACACCGAAACCGAAACUUCCAAUUGAGAAGUAUGAUAUGGGAGGUUGGGGAGGUAA